UAUCGAUACUAUCGCGUGAAACGUCCAUCUCCAGCUGCCAUAUUGUUUCCGUCGCAAUUUUUUUUCGCUCUUUCCACUUUUUAACAGCAACUGAGUGAAGAUGGCUGUGCGCUACGAGCUGGCAAUUGGUCUCAACAAGGGCCACAAGACCACCAAGAUCAGGAAUGUCAAGUAUACCGGCGACAAGAAGGUCAAGGGUCUGCGUGGAUCUCGCUUGAAGAACAUCCAAACCCGUCACACCAAGUUCAUGCGCGAUCUGGUGCGCGAAGUGGUGGGCCAUGCUCCCUACGAGAAGCGCACCAUGGAGUUGCUGAAGGUGUCCAAGGACAAGAGGGCCCUGAAGUUCCUCAAGCGCCGCCUGGGCACCCACAUCCGUGCCAAGAGGAAGCGUGAGGAGCUGUCCAACAUCCUCACCCAGCUGAGGAAGGCCCAGACCCACGCCAAGUAAACGGAUCGAAUCUGAUGAGGAAUCCGGCAUCGGAGAAGGAUUUCGAACGCGAAAGUGUUUUCAUUUUUUUUCCGGUGCGAACAUAUAGUUAUACCUUAUAUGUCGAAGUUACUUGAGAGCGAGUCUAAGCAUCCCAGAAUUAAACAACAAAAAAUCUUUUAAAAAUCGUA